AUUUUUACGACGUGCGACUUAAUUGCAUCGCAGGUGCAUACAUUACCGACAUCAUCUUCGCGCCUGCACCCUGCUUUACCUCAUCGACUUUGAGUGGCUCUAUUGGCCGAGACGCUCUCUGGCGACAAACUACUAUGACGCGAUCCCCCCUCGUCCAACCACAACAGAUCGACACCUCCGGUGGCCAGGAAUACCACUUGCCCGCGGAUACCGAUAUGCCCAUCAUCGUUUAUCAUGGGAUCUCCAUCCUCAUCCUGAAAUCAGGAUUGUCAGCAACAUCCGGUACAUACACCGCCGAAUCAAACGUUGGGCUUCGAGACGCACCUACAUAUGUACCCUACGCUUUGCCACAAACCGAGUCUUAUGCGGUUUCCCCCCUCCAGACGGAGUCCUAUCAAAGCAUCCCAGCCAGAAAUACUCGUAUCCCAGCAGGACAGAGGCGCAGGGACAGGGGACAGGUGACAGCAGAAAACCCCUUGCAAGAUCCGCACAUAACAGGCCAUCGUCAUCUUUCGACCUAGUCCUCGACAACAAGGACUUUCACUAUGGUAACCAAGGAAGUGGCUUCGCGUGCACGAGACUCUAGAAUAUAAAGUAUAGAUAUGUAGAUCUCGUUGUUGUUAGGUUUAAGGAUAUAUGCAUCCAUAUAUUUAGAUAGUAGAUACAAAUGUUUUCCACUUGUUUAUUUUUUUUUUUAUACUAAACUAAGUUAUAAUAUAUCAAAUUAUUGAAAAAU